AUGGACGACUCUAUGGAUGUUUCGGCUUUCGAGGUCGACGCCUCAAGUGACUUCGAACCCGCGCCCAAAGCGAAAGCAAAAGCACCCGCCAAAGCACCAGCAAAGAAGGCCGCAGCACCGAAGGCAAAGGCAGCCGCCAAGCAGACGACCCUCAAAGUCACCAAGAGCGCGCCAAAGCCGAAGAAGCGCGCGAAGCCAGAGUCGGACGAGGAGAAUUCGGACGUGGACAUGGACUCUAUGAACGACAACUCGUUGCUCUCAAACGACAACACCCCACCCCAGGCAAAGAAGGCGAAGAAGGCGCCAGCAGCACGUCCAGCGAAGUCGAGCGCGAAGCCUUUGGUCGAGAUGGAGAACGAGAGCUUCAACUUCGAUGGGGCGGCGGACAAGCCUCCAUCAGCGAAGAAGGGCAAGAAGGGCGGCGCGACAGACCAGUACCAGAAGCUUUCGCCGAGGGAGCACAUCCUCGUACGCCCAGACACCUACAUUGGCUCUGUGGAGACCACGACGGAGCAGAUGUGGGUGUACAACUCAGAAACAGAGACGAUGGAGAAUCGGAAAGUCAGCUUCGUGCCCGGUCUUUACAAGAUCUUCGACGAAAUCCUGGUCAACGCUGCGGACAACAAACAGCGCGACAAGAACAUGAACGAGAUGCGGAUAUGGGUGGAUGCGGAGAAGGGUGUGAUUGCUGUGCGCAACAACGGCCGGGGUAUUCCGAUUGAGAUACACGAGCAAGAAGAAAUCUACAUUCCAGAGAUGAUCUUCGGCCACCUUCUCACGUCCUCGAACUACGAUGAUGACCAGGCAAAGGUCACCGGUGGUCGCAACGGUUACGGGGCAAAGCUCACGAACAUCUACAGUACCCAGUUCGACCUGGAGACCGUGGAUUCCAAGCAGAAAAAGCGCUACAAGCAGACAUGGCGCAACAACAUGAGCGUCAUGGAGAAGGCCAAGAUUGACACCUGCAAGGACGAUGACUACACGAAGAUCACCUUCAAGCCGGACUUCAAGAGGUUUGGCAUGGACAAGAUGGACGCAGAUUUCGAGGCGUUGGUCAAGCGGAGAGUCUACGACAUGGCCGGGACUUGCAGUGGAAUCAAGGUGUAUCUCAACAAUGAGCGCAUCAAGAUCAAGAAGUUCAAGGAGUACAUGGAGAUGUACACGAAGGCUAUCAAGACAGAGAACCUGCUUAACGACGGCAAAGCACCCGAGCAGGUCAUCCUCACCGACAACCCACACGAGCGCUGGGAGAUCGGCUUCGCAGUAUCGGACGGGUCUUUCCAGCAAGUCUCGUUCGUCAAUUCGAUCGCAACGACGUCGGGCGGCUCGCAUGUCAAUUUCGUGGCUGACCAGAUUUGCGAUAAGCUGGAAGAGAUCGUCAACAAGAAGAAUAAGGGCGGCGUCAAACUCAAGAAGGCGCAGAUCAAGAACCACAUCUUCCUCUUCGUCAAUGCUCAAAUCGUCAACCCUGCCUUCACAUCGCAGACCAAGGAGCAGCUUACUACCAAGCCGAGCGCGUUCGGGAGCAAGCCGCAAGUCAGCGAGAAGUUCCUGAAGGACAUCGCGAAGACGGAGGCUGUCAACAACAUCCUUCACUUUGCUGCUCAGAAGGCGGAUAAAGUGCUGGCGAAGUCCGAUGGCAACAGGCGGCAGCGCAUGAACAACUCCAAGCUCACCGAUGCAAACAAGGCUGGUACCAAGGACGGCCAUCGCUGCACUCUCAUCCUCACAGAAGGUGACUCGGCCUCUCUGCUGGCGCUUGCUGGACGUGCGGUUGUCAACCCUGAUCUGUUCGGUGUCUUCCCACUCCGCGGUAAGAUCCUCAAUGUUCGAGAUGCCUCGAUCGACCAGAUCUCGAAGAACACUGAGAUUCAGAACAUCAAGAAGUUCCUGGGUCUGCAGCACAAGAAGGAGUACACAGACACGAAGGGUCUGCGAUACGGCCAUCUCAUGAUAAUGACUGAUCAGGAUCACGAUGGAUCGCAUAUCAAAGGCUUGCUCAUCAACUUCCUGCAAGUGCAGUAUCCCAGCUUGCUCAAGCUCGAAGGCUUCCUCAUGGAGUUUAUCACUCCCAUCGUCAAAGUAUGGAAGGGUGACCCAAAGAACCCUAAGGCCAAGCGCGACUUCUUCACGAUGCCAGAGUACGAAGCGUGGCGCGUGGAGCCCGGUCAUCAGAAGGGAUGGGAGCACAAGUACUUCAAGGGUCUGGGUACUUCAGACACCACUGAUGCCGAGAUCUACUUUGCCGACCUCGACAGGCAUUUGAAGCAGUUCCACAAGAUGCGAGACGGCGAGCCGGAGCUGAUCGACCUGGCGUUCUCGAAGAAGAAGGCGGAUGCCCGCAAGACGUGGCUGGGCAACUUUGUGCCAGGCACUUAUCUGGACAUGUCUGGUACUGAGCAGAUCACGUACGACGACUUCAUUAACAAGGAGCUUAUCCUGUUCUCCAUGGCCGACAAUCUGCGCUCCAUUCCUUCGGUCAUCGAUGGCUUCAAGCCUGGGCAGCGGAAGGUGCUCUACACCUGCUUCCGCCGCAACCUGAAGAAAGACGUCAAGGUGGUGGAGUUGGCAGGUUCGGUCAUGGGUCUUACCGCCUACGCAUACGGCGACACGUCCCUCCAACAGACGAUUGUCGGUCUGGCCCAGAACUUCGUCGGCUCCAACAAUAUCAACACCCUCGAGCCGAGUGGCAAUUUCGGUUCUCGUCUGCAGGGUGGGCAGGACUCUGCCAGCCCUCGUUACAUCUACACGAGGCUGUCUCCGUUCGCCCACCGCAUCUUCCACCAGACCGAUGAAGCUCUUCUGACGUACAACACCGACGAUGGAAGGACGAUUGAGCCUGAAAUGUACGUUCCGAUUGUGCCGAUGAUUCUCAUCAACGGUGCAGACGGUAUUGGUACGGGCUGGAGCACUUCCAUCCCCAACUACAGGCCAGAAGACGUUAUUGCCAACCUGAUCCGCCGCAUGGAUGGCGACUCGAAGGACGCCAUGCAGCCCAUGACGCCCUGGUUUCGCGGAUGGGCUGGUGAGACCCAGCCGGUAGGCGAGGAUCGCUUCAAGUUCAGCGGCAUCAUCAAUGAGACCGGCGACAACGAGGUCGAAGUCACCGAACUACCGAUCCGCUGCUGGACUCAGACCUUCAAGGACCGACUGGAGGACAUCAUCAAAGCCGAGAAGAUGCCUUCUUUCAUCAAGGACUACACGGAGUACAACACGCCGUCCAAGAUCCACUUCAUCAUCAAGAUGGAGGAGAAGAAGAUGCAGGAGCAUAGGAACAAGCUUGAGGAGCUGUUCAAGAUGUCCUCGACAAUGGCGACGACGAAUCUGGUGGCCUUCGAUGCGUAUGGCAGGAUCCACAAGUACGCGAGCCCGCUGGACAUCAUGGAGGAGUUCUACCAAGUCCGAUUGAAGUUCUACCAAAAGCGGAAGAUGCACAUGCUCAGCGAGAUGCGGAGGGAGCUGGAGAAGCUCUCGAACCAGUCCCGCUUCGUCAAGAUGAUCAUAGAUGGCAAACUGACCGUGUCGAAGAAGAAGAAGGGUGUGCUGGUGGCCGAGCUGCAGAAGCUCGGUUUCACGCGCUUCCCGAAGGUCGUCGAUGCGAAGAAGGAAGGCGAGUUCGAGGCCGUGGUGGAAGAAGACCAUCACGCGGAUGAUGAUGAAGAGACCGCCGCCGGCGCGAGCGACUACGACUACCUCCUCGGCAUGGCCAUCUGGUCCCUCACGUCCGAGCGCGUGGAGAAGCUCAUGCGCCAGAUCGGCGACAAGGAAGAGGAAAUCGACCUUCUGAUCAAGAAGUCUGAGAAAGACCUCUGGCGCGAAGACCUCAUGGGUCUGCAGGAGGAAUGGCAGGUCCAGCUCGAUGAGGAAGCGAAGCGCGAGAAGAAGGUCAAGAGCAAAGGCCGUCGUGCCUCUGCGAAGCUCGGCAUCGGCGGCAAGGGCAAGAAGCGCAAGGCGGCUGGCGAUAGCGAUGAUGAGGCCGACUCCGACUUUGCGGUCAAGAAGCCGAAGACGGCGACGGCACGGUUGAAGGAGGGGUUGUUGGGGAAAGUGGAGAGUAAGCCGGCGGGGGUGUAUCCGAUGGUCAACGGGGUCGAGCAGAAGCCGGUUGUUAAGCCCGAGCAGUUGACGUUGGAUGGGGCGUUUGCUAAGGUACAGCCGGUGAAGAAGGCUGGGGCGCCGAAGGCGGCGCCGAAGGCGAAGAAGAAGGUUGUGCUUUCUGAUGAUGAGGAUGAGGAGAUGGAGGAGGUUUCGGCGCCGGAGGUUAAGGCGAAGGCUGCGCCGGCGAGGGCUGCGGCGAGGCCGAAGAAGGGGGCUUUGUCCGACGAUGACGAGGAGAUCCAGGAGGCGCUGGCGCCGGAGGUCAAGGCUAAAGCCGCGCCGGCGAGGGCUGCGGCGAAGCCCAAGAAGAUGGUUGAGUUGUCUGAUGACGAGGACUUCAACGAUGUCGACGACUUCGCCACUCCGCCGGAAGAAGUCAGCAAGCCUAAGGUUGCCCCAGCGAAGGCAGCUCCUAAGCCAAAGAAGAAGGCUGUCUUGUCAGAUGAGGAAGACAUGGACGCCGACCUCCUCAGCCCACCCAAAGAAGCCCCUAGGCCGACCGCACGCACCGGCAGAGCCGCAGCACAGAAGCCAAAGACCUACACCGCCGACCUCGACUCCGACUCCAGCUCCGACAACGACAUGCUCGGCGACGUCAGCGCGAUGGUCAAAGGCAUCGGCAGCAACGCCGCUUCCAACGAAGGGCCCACCCGCCUCUACCACCCUCCAUCCGCUUCACGCCCCUCGAGCAGCCACGGCGUUAAAACCAAAUCUAAGCCUUCACGCCUCGCACUUGAACCGGAGAUCUCAGACGAUGAGACGAACUGGGAGGGCCUGAUCCAGAACUCGCCGCAGAAGGUGCAGGGACGCACUACGCUGCCUGGCGAUAGCGACACCUCUGUUGAUGAGGAAGAGCCUGCGCCUAAGCCUGCUGCGAAAGCGAAGCCGGCCGCUGCUUCGAAGACCACAGCGCUCAAGCCGAAGAAAGCUCCAGCUCCAGCACCCGCCCCACCGCCGAAGCCCACCCUCAGUCCCGCUGCAAAGGCCUACGCCGCCAAGCGCGGUCGGGCGAAGGUCGGCGCCGCGAAGCCGAAGCCUGCGGCGAAGAAGAAGGCGUACGACUCCGACGACGACGAGGUUGAUGCAAUCGCGAACGAGAUUUUGAGCGAUGAUGAUGAGGACGACGGCGGCGGUGCGCCGGUGAAGACUGCUGCGAGGCCGGCCAGGAGGGCUGCGGCGGGGAAGGCGAAGGCGAAGUACACGUUUGAUGAGGAUGAGGAGAGUAGUGCGACGGAGGGCGAUGGAAGUGGGUUUAGUGAUGGGAGUGAUUGA